GCCUACCAAAAAAUUAACGUAAAGUAGAUGCUAAUAGAGAAUAAUGUGCAAGUAACCUACUUCUCUCCAAACGUAAUAUGGCUUUAUUAUAUAAGAUUCAUAUAUAUAUAAAUAUAUAUAAAUAUAUAUAUAUAUAUAUUACAAAGUAUCUUGUAUGCAUAACAACCAACGUUUGUUUUGAUUCCAUAAAACUAUGCAAACAGUCUCAUUUAAACAAGCUAUGUCAAAUGUGUCAUUGAUCAAAUGCGACGUUUGUGGAAUAUUUUUAAAUUCCAAAGACCAAGCUUAUCAACAUAAUAUUGGAUCUAAGCAUUAUAGAAAUCUCAAAAAGUUAUCUCUGCCAAUACCGCCAGAAAUCGAAGCUCUACACGGAGGAAAUAACAAAACUAAACCCCAAAAUUCGAAUACUGAAGCAGAAAAAGCUGAUAAUAAAUUUGAUAACGGCAGAAAAAACAGUUCUAACGAGGAUAAUGAAAACCAAAUACCCAGCGUCAUCUCGACACUAGGGUCAAAAAAUAAUGAGACAGUCAGCUCAAAUCCUGUUAAUGAUGCACUAAUUAAGAAUCUGAGGGGAGAGCUGUCAACUAAGAAAAAGAUCGAAAUACCAUGCGAAAUCUGUUUUGAGAGGUUCGAGUGUACUGUAUGUGGAAUUUUUACGUCAUCUAGCGGUAAUUUAGAAGAUCAUAGACGAGGUGCUAAACAUAGAAGAUGUAUCAAUAUUAAAGCCAAAUUAGCCGGUGCUGGUUCGACAGCUUCCAAGGCAGCUGAAGAAAUGCCUGGCCGUGUGAAAGAUAUGUACUAUUGUUCAGUGUGCGAUAUCAGCGUUAUUAGUCCUAUGACCUUAAGAGUUCACCUCUCAUCCGAGUUUCAUAAGAAGAGGCAUAGCGAAAAGAACAAUAAAGAAGAUAUUGAACACUUACACACUGUCGGCUCUAACUAUUUAUCAUCAGAUCGACCUAUUGGUCCUGCUGAUUAUCCACCCAACUUUAGGAAAAAUAAACAAAUAGCUACAACUUGGAAAGAAGCUAAAGAACAACAAGAUAGGAAAAAAAGUACUCGAAAGAAUUGUAAUUCUUAUGGGUUCGUUAAGGGUUCAAUAGAUAAUUCUCAUAAUGCUAGUCAGUGUGCCCAGUCUGAGAAGAGAAAGCGGUCUUGGAAGGAUUACAACUACGGUAGCAGCGCGGCAAAUAUUAAUAAUAGCGCUGGAUUUUACAAUGGGCAAACAUAUAACAUGAUACAAACUGCCAUUAAUUAUUAUUCUGAGAAUUUAUACGGACAAUCUCAAAUGUCACAACAAGUACAGUCCAACGCAUCCUCUUAUAAUCCUUAUGAAAGUGGCUUUUGGAACCAGUUUAAUCAGCCGAACAACUACAUGCCGAACGUACAAUAUCCGACCACUCAUUUGAAAGAAAGAGUCGAAUUGGAAGAUGACUAUUCUUGCUACUUCUCUUAG